AUGGCUGAGGCUUAUGCCCUGAAGCAAGGUUUCAUGCUUGCAGAACAUUGCUGCUCCAGCCUCCGGGAGGUUCUUACAGGGAAGCCACUGCAGCAGUUCCGCGAUUGCUUUCUCAGUUUCUCUGCUGAUGAUUCUGUUCGUUUUCAACAUGAUGAAGAGAUGGACGCGGCCAGGUUCCGAGCGGGGUUGCGUGUGCUCGCCGUUGACGAGGACCGCGUCAACCUGGUUGUCUUAAAGAGAGUGCUAAAGGUCUGCGACUACAACAAUGUGACGAUAGUGGCAGAUGUAUCGACAGCACUAGACAUGCUCAGAGAGAGGAAGGAUGGGGACGACCAGUUUGACCUGGUCAUCAGUGACUUCUUCAUUCCUAAUAAUGGCAUUAACGGCCUCAAGUUCCUUGAGCUCGUCGCCGUGGAGAUGGAUAUACCAGUCAUCGUGCUAUCUGCAAAUGAUGAGAUGGAGACUAUGGCAAAGGCGAUACAACAUGGAGCUUGUCACUACAUGGUGAAGCCAGUACGCCCUGAAAUGGUCAAGAACAUAUGGUUGCAUGUGGUGAGGAAGAGCAAGAGUAAUAUAAGGAACAAAGUCAACAACAGAAAUGAUAAUCCUAGUCAAAUAGGGCAACCUGUGGAUGAUGAAAAGGAUGAUGCAAAGCACACAAGGAAGCAUUGCAAGAAGAACAGAAAAGAUGGAGAUGGUUCUGAAAAGGAUGAGGUCAUAUCGACCCAGAAAAAGCAAAGGGUUGAGUGGACUAGACAGCUACACUCCAAGUUUCUUGAAGCCAUCAAUCACAUUGGCAUGGACAACGCUGUUCCGAAGAAAAUACUCGAAGUGAUGAAUGUAGACGGCAUCACUAAAGAGAACGUUGCAAGUCAUCUGCAGAAAUUUCGUAUGUACUUGAAAAAGCAAAAGGAGGGCACACUCAAGUACUCAGCAUUUGUGGAUGAACAACAAGCAUGGCUGAAUGGCAAGACACAUGUUAAUAGCAACAUGAGUGUACCAGAAUGUUCAUCUACACAAAUUUCAAACGAGCAUCCACCAUUGGGCACAAGCAUGAGCUUUCCUUCAUCUUGUUCUGGCAUUUCCUAUGCAAGCAAAUUGCGUGCCAGUAUUUUGGGAUCAAACAAAGGUAUUCCAUUUGAUCCUGACAGCUUCUUUGAAGAAAUGGCAGGUGGUGAGCUGUUGCAGUCUCCUGAGUUGGCAAACCACCCUUUGGCUGAAAUUCAAUCAUCGUCUACUGACCAAGUGGCUCCUUCGAGUCAUUUACCAUUACAGUCACCUGAAUUGGUGAACCUACCAUCAACUCAGAUUUGGUCAUCUUCUAUUGGCAUGUUAAACCAAGUUGCCAGGGAGCCUCCCCAGUUUACUAGUAGAAACUCCAACAACUACUGGACAACUGGUGUGUCGUCCAGCUUCCAUGAUGGUCAAAAUGUUGGAAUGUCUAUUGGUCCAUCACAAAGAAACAACAUCUUCAUGAACCAGUUGCCAGGACUAGUAGCCUCUUCUCAAAGUGUUCCAUGUUCUAGAAAUGAAUAUCAUCAGAACCAAAUGGCAGGAGUCAUGGGGACAACACCAAUGGUAAGCUUCAAUGAGCAGGCAACCCUAGCACCAUUCAACUUUGGAAGCAACGGAAGCUCUACAGUGAUGCCAAUUAACAACUUUGUUCCAGGUAGUUCUUUAAGCACUAGACCUUCAUUGUCUAACCUUAAGAUCUGUAAUUCACUCAUACUAACCCAAAUGCCAAAUGGUGGGGGUACAACUGGAAAUCUCCCUGAAGGUGGUACCGUUGGUCAUCAAACUGUUGGUGAUCAAGAGAAUAACAAGAUUCAACUCCCCAUGUCAACAAGGGAAGUACAGAUUGACAUGCCAGUCCAGAUGCUGAAUGGUGGGGCAAGUGGCAAUCUACCUAAAGGUAGCAACACCGAUCUGCAUCCUGCUGGUGAUCAAGUGAAUAGCACCAAUGAACUUCCCACUGCAGGAACAAGCGAGGCACAAAAUGGAGCCAUUGAUAAUAUAGAUGCCUUUUUUGCCGACUGGGUUAAACAAGAUUUACUCAACGAUGAUGAUGCUUUCUUCAAUGGGAUGUAA